AAAUUGUUGCGUAUGAAAGGGAGAGCUUGGAGCCAUAUUUUGUGUUAAAAGUCAGCGUCUGUGUUUUUCAAUUCUCUUCUGUGUAUAUUUGGAGAAAGGAACAGUUAGUUUUCAACCUCCAAAACACCUGUUCAUUUUCUUUUUCUUGCCUAGUAAUCAGAAUAAAUCCCAUUCCCUCAGGAGAAAGUUUUCAUUCUCAUUAGUCGACACAACCUCUUAAUCAAAAUUCAAACCUAGCUAUCCCAACACACAUACAAAAAUUUCCUAGAUUUGCAUGUUUAUUUUAAACUCUGCAAAUUAGAGGCUACAAGCAAUAUAUGUUCCAUAACAUGGCACUGCUUUUCUCCUAAUUGAAGCCUUUUCACUAAGGAAAAAGCAUGUGCAAUAUCCUUGGCACAAUUAUGGAGAAUUAUCAAGGUGAUUUAAGCGAUGUAAUUCGUGCUAGUGGUGCAUCAUAUGGCAGUUGCAGCACGGGAACUUCAUCAUCUGAAGCUGCUGCUCCCUUGACUCGUGAUCAUUACUGGCAGUUCUCUUCUGAUCCCAUGAUUUUCUCUUCUGUUUUGGAAGACCCUAGUGGAAACUUUGGUGAUCCAUUCUCAAAUACUAGAGAUCCCUUUCUUCAUGAGCUUCUUUUGCCUGGCUCUGCAGCCUACUUUAACAGCACAAGUUCUGCAGAAAUCAGCAAUUCUGGUAGUAGUAAUUGCUGUGGUUUGGCACAAAAGAUUCUUGAGGAUGAUAUGAAGAGGCCUUGUAACAGCAUAUUGUCAAACAUGAUUCAGAUCUCUCCCAAUGAAAAGUUACCCAUUUUGCCAGUGGUGGAUGCUUCCUCAAGGGCACUCAAGCCUUCUGGUGUGGUUUCAGGUAAUAACAUGAUUGAUGCAACAAAAACCUCUAAAGAUCAUAGCUUGGUGGGCAACACAGAAGUGCAGAUCUCAUCUCCACGGAAUCCAGGUCUUAAGAGAAGGAAGAUCCAGGCAAAGAAGUCGAUUUGUGUUCCUGCACCUGCAGCUACACCAAAUAGCAGACAAAGUGGCGAGGUAGUUCCUUCUGAUCUGUGGGCUUGGAGAAAAUAUGGCCAGAAACCCAUUAAAGGUUCUCCGUAUCCAAGGGGUUACUAUAGAUGCAGCAGCUCAAAGGGUUGCCCUGCAAGAAAACAAGUUGAGAGGAGUAGAACUGACCCAAACAUGUUGGUCAUUACUUACACCUCAGAGCACAACCAUCCAUGGCCAACUCAGAGAAAUGCUUUCGCUGGUUCAUCUCGAUCACAACCUUCCAAGAACAACAACAUUGCUGCUUCAAAGAAUUCAGAUGAGGAAGAGAGCAACAGUGACAGCAAUAAUGUAAACAACAGUGGUUCUGUAAAGGAAGAGAAGCAACUUGAGAUGGAUGAUGAAGAAUUUAGUGAUAUUGGAGUCCCUUACGAGCCAAUAUCUAAUGUGAAUAACCAACAACAACCUGAUCAGGACUUAUUUGCAGAAUUGGAAAAAGUAGAAGCUCACUCACUAAACCUAUUGUCUCCACAAGGUUUUGAUGAUCAGCAAAGGGAAUCCAACGUUUUAGAUUCAUUCCAUUUCUUUGACUGAGUGGUGAUAACAACACCAACUACCACCGCGUUUGAAGAAUAUAAGAGAAGAUCGUAUAUAUAAUAUAUAAGACCUUGAGUGAGAAGCACCACCUCCCUCACAAUAAUCUUUUAAUAGGUGCAACUCAUCAUCGGAUUUCAAGUAUGUCACGUGGGGGAGAUUCGAGAUCAUAAACCCACUUUUCUUGUGUUCUAGUUUCUUCUUUUUCUUUCUUUUUACCUGUCAUUUAGCAUUACAGUCAGGGAGGUAAAUUAGUGGGAAAAAAAAUGGGAUUCUAUGUGUGGGAGUGCUGCUUGAUUGGAAGCACACACAACGAGUCACACGUUCCUUUUGGAAUUGGUGGAUGGGACAGAAAGCUGAGGAACAGAAGAUAUUAACAGUUAAAACAAUUUCUAUAGACUUUAUUGAUUCAAAAGCUCACCGAGUAGAUCAAUGAUUAAAGUAUGAGAGGCUACUCCUUUCAUCGUAUAGUGGGAAAAAUCAUUUUAGCCCCCCACCCCCCAUGUGGGUUAUUCUUGAAGUGACAAGAGAAAUUAAAAUGGGCUCGGAGAUUUUAUCAGAUUUCCCUCCCGGCCGGAUGAAAAUAUAAAUUUGUGUUAUAUAAAAAAGAUAAUAGGGUAAAAUAA